AUGGACUCAUCGGACGCGACAGAACCUGCGAAGUCAGGAGUGCUGCGCAGCAGCAACUUCAGCAGGAAUUCGCGGAAUUCGAAUUCGCCUGGGAAGCGUCCGUCUACAAACACUGGCGUCAGCUAUGCGCUGCCACCCGACACACCAGAGCCUCAGCAUAUGCGCAUCUCCAAGAUGACGACCGGGAGCGGCAGCAGAUCACGCAGCCAGGAGCUACGAACAUCAACAUCAGGAGUGGGACCGCAACUCACAACAGCAACGAGCACUGCCUCCCACACGAAGUCGGCAUGGUUCGCGACCCAGUCUUUCGUGACGAGCGCUGGCGGCUCAAUGAAGUCCUGGGAAGUGCGGGAGGAGGAGGCGUAUCUUGGAAGCGUUGUUGCUGAACGGUACGUAGAUCUGGAUCCAUUCGUCGAGGCGGUCGGCUACUUCAAAGAGCAACAGCGGCGUCUGGACGUGAACUCCUUGAUCACCACUCGAAAAGCAACGGAAGAAACUCGCUUUGGCUGCUUGCUCUCGGAAGAGGAAAUUGAGCAGCUUCUGCAAGAGGAGCUGGUCAGGGUGGGCAUGCAGAACACCCUGCUCAUGGACUUCGUUUUUGGACUGGUCAUUCUGGCAAACGGUGUCAUGAUGGGUCUGACAACGCAGGGUGUCGUGGACGAAGAGAGCAUGGAAGCCCAAAUAUUUGAGAUCGUUUGUGUAGGCUUGUUCACCAUUGAGUUUCUGCUUCAUUGGCUCUUCGAGCGGCUUCACCGCGUGAAGAGAUGCUGUGCAAGCCUGCGCUCACAUAUGCGAGAUAAUUGGGCCAAGUUCGACCUCACAUGCCUGGUACUCGCGUGGCUUGACCUUCUGAUGACCUACCUGAUUGAAAUUGAAGGUGGGACCUCCGCGUUUGCUGUGCUGCGAGUCCUUCGGUUGAUGCGGCUGCUGCGCUUGCUUCGGUUAUUGAAGAUCAUGCAGCAAUUGUGGCUCUUAUUGAGCAGCAUGGUGGCCGCAAUGCGCGUUCUUUCCUGGGCCACUGCAAUGCUCGUAUGCAUUUGCUACAUUUUUGGUAUCCUCGUAUACGAGCUGACAAAGGGAUCCCUGGGCACUAGGCCUGAUCUCGCGGCCGAUUGGAACGGAGUUGUCGCCUCAAUGCUGUCGCUGGCCCAGAUAGCAACUUUCAGUGGCAUUGACUUGAUUCGCCGAAGGAUCGAUGCUUCGGAUGGAUGGCUCUUCAUGCCGGCCCUUUUCCUGUUCAUGGCGAUCGCCUCGCUGGGCAUCAUCAACCUCAUUGUCGGCGUGCUCUUAACAGCUGUAUUGGACCGCGGGGACCAGGAUGACAUGUUCGAGAGCACCGUCCUGAAGCUCCGACAGCACCGGGCACUUCGGAGACUUCGCUUUGGUCUUUGUUUGCAUGCGGAAAAGACAUUGGGAAGGACGAAGGAGGGAAAGGACGACUCGCAUCUGGUUUCUCGACGAAUUCUGCAGGGUUGGGCACGGGGGCCGGACGCAGAGCUCGACAAGCAGGAAGAGGAAGCGGCUGAGGAGGACGACGACGAGACGCUACAAGAGCAGAUUCAGAACAUCCGUGCGAACCUCCGGCGUGAUUCUCCGGACAACGCCGGUAGUUCCGAGAAUUUGGUAGGCAAGGGCGUCGGAGUGAAAAUGAAGAGGCAGGCGGGCCCUUGUGGCCGAUGCUGUGCAGCCGUCUACUCGCGCUUUUGCAUGCGCCCUCUCACUUCCAUGAAACGAAUCAUGCGAAGCCGCCUUGGCACUGUGCAGAUGGAGCCAGGUGAGAUCGAAGAUCUUCGUUCCGAGUUGCCCGGUCUUUUUUCAGCAGCGGGAGUGUCUAUGCAAGACAUUGAUGCCGUCUGCUCUGAAGUGGAGAACCUCAUGGGCGACAAUGCUGGCAUCACCAUAGACGAGUUCAUUGAGAGCAUGGUUUUCAUGAAAUCGCGAGCUCACCCGCUGGAUAUAGUGGGUGUCAUGCGCGGUUUAUGGCUAAUAUAUGAAAGGAUGUCCAGCAUGGACGCUUUCUUGGAGCUCGCCGGCAACUCGCUGAAGGAGUGCAGCACACAGAUUCAACCUUUGUUGCAGAAAAUGUCGUCCAAAGAGGCCACCGUGAGAAAAGCAGUCGCCGCUAUUUCGGAGUUAUCCGAGAGCCCUGAGAUGCACGAGAGACGACGUAUUUUCGAGGAGCAGGAAGCGCGACUAUUCCUAGAGAGCCAAACGGCCUUCGACAUGUUCUUUGCAGUCGUUCUGGUGCUCAAUGCGGUCAAGCUUGGCGUGGAUGUGGUGCUCCUACCUCCAAGACUGUCCGAUUUGACCGCCAGAAGCUUCCAAAGCCCUGCCAUGGCGUGGUUCAUGCUGGAAGCGCUCUUCACGCUGACUUUCACAGCCGAGCUUUUCUUGCGUGCCAUCUUCAAGUAUCAGAUGGAAGUCAUGGGAGAGCAUGAGCUCUUUCUCUUGGUAGUCCCAAAGAUAGCUUCAACUUUGACCUUCAACCAAGUGGUCGACAUCAUCAAGUACUCCUGGCGACUCUUUAUGGACAAGCUGUUCCUUUUCGAUGUGAUUACAGUGCUCGUAUCCUUGCUUGACACCUUCGUCCUGCGUUUCGCAGGAAAUCAAACACCGGCCUUGAGACUGGUAAGUUUGCUCCGACUGCUUCGUCUGGUUCGGCUGCUCCAUUUGGUGAAAGAUCUGUCGCGACUCGUCAACGGCUUUGUCGGCAACAUCCGGUUCAUUUGCAGGUCCGUGAUAAUGAUGACUAUUUUCAUCUAUGCAAAUGCCAUUCUGAUGGUCGAGUUUGUCGGUCGCAGCGAGGACACCCAAAAUGAUGCAAACAUCCAGGCCAAGUGGGGUAACAUUCCCAGCAGCAUGCUGUCGCUGCUGACAAUGAGCACAUACAGCAGUUGGAGCUUGAGAGUGGCGGAAGUUGCUGCAUACCCUUCCCUGGCUAUAUUUAUGCCCAUAUUCGCGAUUCUAUUCCUGGCGAUUUGCAGUUUAGGCAUGUUGAAUCUCGUGACGGGCGUCAUGGUUCAGACCGCUUUCUCGUUCCUGAAGGACGACAGCAAAGAGAAGAGCAUUUACCGGCUCGUGACCGCCCGUGAGCAGAUGCACAAGGUGAUGGGGCAAUGUUACGACGACAUGCAUCGACAUGUCGAGCGAGAGCAGCAGAAGGUUAAGGAGCGGGUAAACCGGAUCCGCGAGAAGCACACAAUGCGAUUUUCCACCGAUCCAACGCUGGUCUCACAACUUCGAUCUGGAUCAGUUGAUACCUUUGCGACGACUGAGAGCUGGACGGCACCGGUCCCAGUUCCUGAAGCGCCGGCACGUCCAGGAGGAGCGCAGCCUACACCUCCACCUGAAGAGCAAUUCCUGGUGUCCGCUUUUGAUGACGACAACUAUGCGGAGGUUACUCGAUGCCUCUGGGUUUCCGAAGAAGAGGUUGGUGUGGAUGUACUUCUGACACUGAACCCGAAGUUGUCUCCAGAUGCAGACAGCGAUCCGAUGAAGAGUUUGCUCACCUGGGAGGGCGGCAAAGCUGAACCAUGCCUCGUUCUCCAACAGACUGAUCACAUUCAGCAUCAGCCAGAGGGAGAUGAGGAAGCUGGUCAGCAGCAACGUGUCAGGACAUCUUCUCAAACAAUCGUCUUCCGGCCGGUGUCACUGUCCAAGGCCACAGAAACCCUGCAGACUUUGCAAUACGCUUGGCACAUCGCUUCUGCUCCAGGAACGAAAGAGGAUGCAAUUCGGCUCAGGUACGGUGGCAAUUUCACGGUUGUGAAGGCCAGGGCUGCAACAGUACCUGGUGCCGGAAUGCUCGCAGCAGGGGAGCUAGAGGACCUGAUGCCCGUCGACCAGACACUCGUCACCAUGCGAGAGCUCAAUUAUCUCCUGCAGGACAAGCGAUUUGCAAAGAGUUUGGAGCUCAUUGGCAUGCGUCCAGAUCAAGCCCUCAUGGUGUAUCAGAAGCUGAAUUUGACGAAGACUGAGAGGGUGAAGGCAUUCCACUUCAUUGAGGCGAUCCUGCGCAUGAAGCGGCCGUUGCAAGGCUUGGAUGUGGCAGUCUCCAAGAGCAUGAUGCGUCGUCUGGUGCUUGAGGUUGAGAGCCUCGCCACCAAUUGCAUCAGGUGCCAGGACUGCUUCCGAUCCGUCUCCGAGAAGCUCCGUGAGGUGGAAAUCUUGGAGGAUCAUGCUGAGGUGGCGACCACCGAGUCCAGGAUGGAAGUGGAAAAAAACGCGGCUGCCGACGAGGAGGCUGUGGAGUCGCACGAGACAAGGGCAAAGGUGUACUAUGCAGACCUGAUGCGGCGGAACAGGCAGCUCGAGCUGAAGAUUGCCUCCAUCAAAGCCUUCGUUCGGCAUGCUCGCAAAGAGACUGCCGAGGAUGAAGGAUUGUCUCUUGCACAUCUAAGCAGAUUCAGCCUGCACGGAGGGAGUCUGCUUCCCCGUGGCCGCGCCAGAGGAAGCUCAAACCAGGAGACGAAACGGCCGCGUUCAGCCAGCCCUGGUCUGCCGGGAACCGGCGGACCUGCGGCCGUGACCAAUGGGACCGGCCUAGUAAAUGCAACUGAGCUGGAGGCGCUCUUGUACAGUCUGCUGCAGAAGAUGCUUUGUGGUCUUGUGGUUUCCGGCCUGGGCGAACUUUGUAGCUUUCCGUUGUCUCCCGUGGGAGCCAUGGAGCUCGGAGAGGCCGAGGACCAAAGUCUGCAUCUUCUGAGCCAAGAGCUGGCCCAUCAACAGGGCCUCAUUGCGCACUUGCGCAGAGAGGUUGACAGCUGUAGGGAAGAGGUUGGUGCCCUUCGUGACUGUCUCUCCAGCAAUGGCACAGUGGACAGUGUGCGAUUUCUGGUGCAUCUGCACCGGCGCCGCUUCGACCAAGCAUGUGCGGUCUAUGGCCUUGGCCCUUGCGCGCCGCUGGAUGCUGUGAUCGACAUCCGGGCAGUUGCCUAUGCCAUCGGCAGCUUUGCCGGGUACUCCGCGAUGCGUGCUCUGCGCGAGGUGUGUCAAGCUGCACGAUCAGCAGCUGCGGAUAUCCUGGACCCUCUUUGCCCAGGUCACCUGUACCUGUGCGGUGGCUUCGAAGGAGCUCUGGCUUUGAGCUCCGUGGAGAGACUGGAUCCGCAUGCUGGCGUUUGGGAGGUGCUCCCGCCCAUGACAGAGGCUCGGCAGUACACCUGUGCAGGAGUAAUGGCCGGCAAGAUUUACGUCUGUGGCGGUUGGGCUGGACCCCAACCUGUCCGAAGUGUGGAGUGCUUUGACCCAGAUUACUCGAGGUGGUCGCCUAUGCCACCAAUGCUAGUAGCCAGGUGGGGAGCUGGAGCAGGUGUGAUCAACAAACGACUCUUCAUAUGCGGUGGCCUGGACGAGAACAGGCAGCCUUUGAACUCGGUCGAGUGCUUCACUCCGCCAGGAGUUCCGAUGCAGCUUCUGCACGUCACUCCACGGGCGCCACAGACGCCAACCGGCAGCUGGCAGGCAGUCUCUUCAAUGGCAGAGAGACGUGGGUGGCCUGCAGCUGUGUCGCUGCAAGGACUACUCUAUGUCUGCGGUGGCCGAGAUGAACAGAGGGAGCCGCUGAGCAGCGUGGAGAGACUGAAUCAUCCACCGAGCAUUUGGCUUCCGCUUCCACCGCUGUCCAGUCAGCGAGCAGGCGCAUCAGCUGCAGCCUGUGGUGGCAGGCUCUACGUGUGUGGAGGAGCAUUUGGCGCGGGAGACUUCGCUUGCGGGAGUGGCGGCCAGUCCACAGAACUGUGCUGCCCCCAAGGCCCAGAUGCUCAACUCGGUGGAGCGCUACGAUCCCAAGGUUGGCACCUGGGAAACACUGGCGCCGAUGUUGAAACGUCGCGCCUAUGUCGCGGCCGCUGGUAUUGCUGGUCGAAUACAUGUUUUUGGUGGCAGCGACGGUGGGCAGGCUUGAGACCAGCAACUCGCCUGGAGCGGCCCAAGGUGCCCAGCCAGUCCUUUUCAGGCCAGACACCUCCGAGUCAGCCAGAGCCUUCCUUCAGAGGCCGACUGCUUCUUGGCCUUUCCGCUGCAGCUCUGUUGGCGAGGAAGGGCUUGAGGCGUGUGCGACGACGUCAAGGUUCUCAGGUGAACACCCUGGAACUAAGCCCGGAAGGACUAGGCUGGAAAGUGGAGGACAACGGCGAAUUGAAAGAGCGAGUCGAGAAAGCCCUUGAGCGGGGAGGGCUCCAGGGAACGGCGCUGCGACAGAACAAGCAGUGGCCAAGCAAGGGGGAGGUGCUGAGGGCCAUCCCAAAGGAUUGCAUGGUCAAAGAGACUGGACGGUCAUUGGCACAUGCGGCGGUUUCAACUUUGCAGGUGCUGUUUUGCGGCUAUCUCGCUUGGAAGUACAUCCCGAUGACCGCAGCCUUUGCCCCCAUGUGGCUGCUCUACGCGGUGGUGCAGGGCACGCUGGCCACCGGACCCUGGGUCAUCGGUCAUGAGUGUGGCCACAACGCAUUUUGUAACGAGCAGUGGUUGCAGACUCUGGUCGGAUACGUGUUGCACUCGGCCUUGAUGGUUCCUUACUUCUCCUGGCAGCGAUCUCACGCCGUCCACCACUCGAAGACAAACCACAUGACGGAAGGUGAGACGCACGUCCCAAGGUUGCAGAAGGGUUCCACCAACAAGUACCAGAAUCUGGCUAAGUGGUUUGGUCAGAGUUCAGUCGCAGCGACCCGGAUGAUUACACACCUCGUGCUCGGUUGGCCUGCGUACAUUCUCGGUGGUGCCACCGGAGGUCCAGCGUAUGGCACCACAAACCACAUGUGGCCUUUCGCGCCCUUCCGCAACGGGAGGAAGGAGCUGUUCCCCAAAGCAUGGAAGUCGAAGGUGUUGCUAUCGGACGUGGGUAUCGUCGCAAUGGCCGGAAUCCUGAUGUGGUGGGCAAAGACCAGUGGAUUUAUGCCGGUCUUCGCUCUCUAUCUUGCUCCGUUGAUGGUGACUAACUGCUGGCUGGUGCUUUACACCUGGCUCCAGCACACCGAUGUUGACAUUCCCCACUUCGACGAGGAGAAUUGGACAUGGGUGAAGGGUGCUUUUCACACUGUCGACCGGCCUUACGGUCCGGUGCUGGACUACGUCCACCACAGGAUCGGCUCGACGCAUGUGGCCCACCACGUUUGCUCAGCCAUCCCAUUCUACAAGGCGAGGAAGGCGACGGAAGCUCUUAAGGAGAAGUUCCCCGAUCUGUACUUGUACGACCCCACUCCGAUCCACAAGGCGCUGUGGCGCGUGUCCUCUCGCUGCACUGCUGUGCAGAAGGCGGAAGGAAACGACGGCAUGUACAUCUUCACCUGA